AUGUUAUUUUCAUAAAGAUAAUCAACCUAAAUAGAGGAUAUGGAAUCAUUACUUAUGAAUAAGAUGCCUUUAGUAUCUUAACGUUCUAGAAAUUUAUCUAGUGAUAGAUAAUAAAUAAAUGAGAGAUCAAUUUAACUUUCAAUUGAAAAUAGUAGACAAAGACAUAAAGUUUAAUCCUAUUCUGUAGAAAAAUCGGUAUAUACUUAUAAAUUAAUUUUAUAGUUAAAUUUAAGCUCUUAGAACUAAAAGGUUGAAAAUUUAGUGGCUUCUUGGAUGCAACAAAAAAAUUCAUCAUCCCUUAAUUCAAGUUCAAAUAAUGUUUAACCAAGUAUUAUAAUAUUAAAUAAUAAUAUAGUUUCUCAAUUUGAGAGUUAAGGAAGAUAAUCUAAUAGGCCUCAUAUUAUUAUAGAAGAAGAUCUUUUAUUCACAGAGGAAGGUGAUUAAUAAUAUGGAGUUCAAUCUAAUAAAGUCAAUUAAAAUAAAAAUAAAACACCUAGUACUACACGUCCUCAUGCAAAGAGUAUAAAAGAAUAAUGUAUUCAAUUAACUUAUGAAGAAAGCUUUGAUCUCAAAAAACAUGUUGUAGAAAGAAAUGUUCCUAAAAAAAGUAUGAAUUCUUAUGCUUAACGACCUCAAACUACUAAAAUGCAUACUUCAACUUAAGUCAAAUCAUCGCCUUUGGUUUAUAAAGAACAUACUAUUCAUAAUCCAAUGAAAUCAUCAUAAAUUGAAUAAGCUAAAAUUAGUAAUCUUUAUAGUGGAUCAAAUAGUUAUUGCAACAAUAUCAACAAUAGAAAUAAACAAAAUAAUUACCAAAAAAUUGUUAAGAAACCUAAUCUUACUCCAAAUUCUGAAUUUUAUUUGGAUAAUUCAUGUAUUCCUGAUUUGAUUAGAUUAAAAGAUUUGAUUAUAUCAACAUACAUAAAAUAAAAUAGAGCUCUUAUCAGUUCUUAAAACCAAAUAGUUAAGUAAUUAUAAAUAUUAAUUUUAAGAAAUUUUGAUGAAAUUGUUGCAAUUUUGAAAUAAGAUUUCCCAUAACAUUAAUGA